GGCACAUGCCUUUAAUCCCAGCAGGUGGAUCUUUAUGAAUUUGAGGCCAGUCUGGUCUACAAAGUGAGAGAGAGAGAGAGAGAGAGAGAGAGAGAGAGAGAGAGAGAGAGGAUAAAAUGUCAAUUACUACUUUCCACUACCCAUAAAGAUAGCCCCUUCUUUCCCCAACUUGUUGGAUUUUAAUCAUAUGCUAUUGCUACAAUAACUUUUACUGCAGUAUAUUACUGUAAUUACAGUAUUUUAUUAAUCAUCAUUAAUCUCUUACUGUGCUUAAUUUAUAAAUUAUAAACUUUUUGUAGGUAGUAUAUAUAGGAGAGUCCAUAUAGGGCUAUCUGGGGUUUAGGCACCUAUUAGGAAUACUGGAAUACAUUAUCAUGAAUAAAAAAGGGAAUUCUGGAUAUGGACAUGGAAAUCACAUGAUGAAGGAAAUUCACUUCAGCAAAAUCAAUAAGAUUAGGAACAAUUUUAACGUCUCAGUAGGGAAUCAGUAGAUCCAUAUACUGGGGUACUUGGUGGGCUUAUUUUUAAAAUAAGGAAACUCAUUUAUAUACCAUUGGGAUUUAAAAUUUUUAAAGAUUUAUUUUAUUUAUAUGAGUAACUAUAGCUGACUUCAGAAACACUGAAAAAGGGCAUCAGAUCCCAUUACAGAUGGUUGUGAGCCACCAUGUAGUUGUUGGGAUCUGAACUCAGGGCCUCUGGAAGAGCAAUUAGUGCUCUUAACUGCUGAGCCAUCUCUCUAGUCCUUAGACUUUUUUUAAAUUGCACUUUUAAAUUUACAUUUUAAAUGUUAUCUCCUUUCCUGGUUUCCCCUUCAGAAACCCAUUAUGCCACCCACCACUCCCUGCUUCUAUGAGGGUGCUCCCUCACCCACCCAUCCACUCACUCACUCACUCACUCACCCACUCCCUUCCACCUCCCUGCCCUAACAUUCCCCAACAUCAGGGUAUCGAGCCUUGACAGAACCAAGGGCCUUUCCUCCCAUUGAUGCCCAACAAGGCCACCCUCUGCUACAUAUGCAGAUGGAGCCAUAGGUUCAUUCCUGUGUUCUCUUGGGAUGGUGGUUUAGUCCCUGGGAGCUCUGAUUAGUUGAUAUUAUGUUCUUAUGAGGUUGCAAACUUCUUCAGCUACUUCAGUCCUUUCUCUAACUCCUCCAUUGGGGACCCUAUUCUCAGUUCAAUGGUUGGCUGUGAGCAUCCACUUCUGUAUUUGUAAGGAUCUGGCAGAGCCUCUCAAGAGACAGCUAUAUCAGCCUCCUAUCAGCAUGUACUUCUUGGCAUCUGCAAUAUUGUCUGGGUUUGGUGGCUGUAUAUGGGGUGCAUCCCUAUGUGGGGCAGUCUAUGGAUGGCCUUUCCUUCAGUCUGCUCCACACUUUGUCUCCAUAUUUCCACCUGUAUUUUUGUCCCCCCUUCUAUGAAAGUCUGAAGCAUCCUUAGUUUGGUCUUCUUUCUUCUUGAGCUUCAUGUGGUUUAUGAAUUGUAUCUUGGGUUAUUUCAAGUUUUGGGGCUAAUAUCCAUUUAUCAGUGAGUGCAUAUCAUGUGUGAUUUUUGUGAUUGGGUUACCUCACUCAGGAUGUUAUUUUCAAGUUCCAUCCAUUUACCUAAGAAUUUCAUGAAGUCAUCAUUUUUAAUGGCUGAGAAGUACUCCACUGUGUAGAUGUACCAAGUUUUCUGUAUCCAUUCCUCUGUUGAAGGACAUCUGGGUUCUUUCCAGCUUCUGGCUAUUAUAAAUAAGGCUGCUAUGAACAUAAUGGAGCAUGUGUCCUUGUUAAAUGUUGAAGCAUCUUUUGGGUAUAUUCCCAGGAGAGGUAUAGCUGGGUUUUUAGGUAGGUCUAUUUCCAAUUUUCUGAGGAACCUCCAGACUGAUUUCCAGAGUGGUUGUACCAGCUUGCAAUUCCUCCAACAACGGAGGAGGGUAUUUCUUUCUCCGCAUCCUUGCCAGCAUCUGCUGUCACCUGAGUUUUUGAUCUUAGUCAUUCUGAUUGGUGUGAGGGUAGACUAUUGGGAUAUUUUAUAGUCAAGAGCAGUAGUUCUAGCACUAGGGAGGCUGAGACAGGAAAACUACCACAGUUUGAGGUUAGCUUGGGUUGCAUAGUGAAUUCCAGGCCAGACAGAGCAAUGGUAUAAGACCCUGGCUAUAAAACAAAGACCAAGAAAUGAGAUUUUCUUUCAAGUUAGAUUAGGUAAAAAGGGCAAGAUGAAGAGCUGCAUUUGCAAUUUUCUAUCAGAUAGGUGGUGUGCAAGUAUAUACACGUAACAUACAGCUGCAUUAUAACUGCAUAUAUUUAUAUAUUCAUAUGUAUUAUAAUACAUUCAUUUUUAAUUAAAUUACACAUUGAGUUGACUGUGAUGGCUCACAAUUCAUGUCAAUCUUUUCAGCACUUCAGUGGCUGAAGAACUGAUAAAGUUCAAGACCAGUCUGGACUAUAGUGUGAAAUCCUGUCUUAAAAAAGUUCACAACAUAACAUACUGCUUUUAUUUACAUAAUAAGCAUUACUUAUAUACUGUGUAUUAAAUGUCAACUAAAUAUACAUUAUGUUGCAUAUUAGAUUUAUUUAGUAUCAACUAUAUGAAUGUUGCUUACAUGUAUGUAUGUGAACCACAUGUACCUAGUACCUGUGGAGGUAUGAGAUCACCUGGAAUUGAAGUCACAGAGCCAUAGUGUGGGUGCUGGGAACAGAACCCAGGACUCCUCCAAGAGUAGCAAGUACUCCUAACUGCUGACCCAUCUCCCUAGCCCCAUAUGUGUAUAUUUUAAUUUUAUGUUUUUGCUUAUAGAUUAUCUCUGAGCAUAGAGUCAAGGAAUGGAGAGAGAGAGACCACUAGAAUCAUGUGUAAAGCUAGGUGUAUUAAUUCCUGCUGCAAGAAAAACUCUAUACCAGAGAAACUAAAUAGAAGAGAAUUAGUAGAAGAGAUGGAUGAAUUUUUACAGUAUGUAGGCCUCUGCUCAAUGACUGAGGUGUUUAAGGGAGGUAAGCAUCAACUCUGAAAAGAAUGUUAGCCAUCAGCUAGAAAACAGUGAGAAACAAAGCAGGGUUGAGGCACUCUUGGUAAAUAAAGAACUGAAAGGUUGCUAGAUGCUGUUUUCCGUUGGUCUUGUCAUUUGCCCUGUCUGUGUAUUAGGUACAUCAGAGACCAUUUAUAGUGAGCGCUUUACUUUCUCAGUCUUCAAUCUGUGUAUGUUAAAUAAACAAAGCAUUAAAAAGGAAUGAAAAUAAACAUUCUUCACGUACUUCUUAAACAUAGAUCUCUCUCUCUCUCUCUCUCUCUCACACACACACACACACACACACACACACUCUCCUUUUCAGCCCACAUUUCUGCAUUUCCACUCUACAUCAAGAGCUUCGUUCAUUCCUUUUUUUUUUUUUUUUUUUUACAGAGAUUGUAGUAGAAAGGAGAAUAGUUAUAGCUAGCAAGAACCUUGAGAAAAUGAUAGAGUAGAUGUCUGGGUGUUAGCUACAGACCCAGCACUCAACACUUCAGAUCCUGGUCCCUCUCGGUCUCUAUCCUUUACGCCCACGAUAAGUCCUGCAUCUGUGGACGCCACAGCAAUACACUCUCUUCCACCUUUACUUCACCUUAGACGUUCUGGCAUUUCGCUUAAAAGCCUUGCCACCUUUUAAGCCCUGGUGGUUCAGAGCGUCGGUUCUGCAGCUCAUCUCCUGAUUAGUCAACUGUCCUAACUUCUCUCCGGGGGCGUGGACAAGCUCGAUGCUAGAUCCGGCUUGUGGUGAUGACGACAUCGGCGGGCGACGGCGGUGGCCGCUGGAGCGGCCUUGCGGCAGGGACAGAUGGGAGCUUUGUGGUUCAUGAUAUUCCCUCUGGCUCUUACGUAGUGGAAGUUAUUUCUCCAGCUUACAAGUUUGACCCUGUCCGAGUCGAUAUCACUUCAAAAGGAAAAAUGCGAGCAAGAUAUGUGAAUUACAUCAAAACGUCAGAAGUGGUCAGAUUACCGUAUCCUCUGCAAAUGAAAUCUUCAGGUCCACCUUCUUACUUUAUUAAGAGGGAAUCAUGGGGCUGGACAGACUUCCUGAUGAACCCAAUGGUUAUGAUGAUGGUUCUCCCAUUAUUGAUAUUUGUGCUUCUGCCCAAAGUGGUCAACACAAGUGACCCUGACAUGAGACGGGAGAUGGAGCAGUCAAUGAACAUGUUGAAUUCCAACCAUGAAUUGCCUGAUGUCUCUGAGUUUAUGACAAGACUCUUCUCUUCAAAAUCCUCUGGCAAAUCAAGUAGUGGCAGCAGUAAAACAGGCAAAAGUGGAGCUGGCAAAAGGAGGUAGUCAGGCCCACAGCUGUCGUCCCACAAACUUGGCUACACCAGGUGGCAUCCAAGUCUUGAUGGAAACCAUGUGAAGUGACUACUGUAAACCGAGUCAUCCUGAAGUUGAUCUCGUGCAACUGUUGUCUAUGUAACUUCUUAACACAUGUUUUGUACUUGGUACACAAGAAAACCCAGCUUUCAUCCUUUGUAUGAGGUCAAUAUUAAUGUCACUGAAUUAAUUACAGUGUCCUAUAGAAAAUGACAUUAAUAAAUUAUAUGAAGUACUAUACAUUAUGUAUAUUAAAGAGGUCUUAAUCCAGA